CUGGCUGUACUGCAAUUACAUUACCGUAGCGUCUGCUUGUGUGUGUGUAGAUUUCGCCCAAAAUUCUUCAUGCAAUGUUCGCAUGAAUAGUUUUGGGACCAAUUGCUUUGCUUCAAAUUGUUUAGAUAAAAAAUGCCGAGAGAUACUGUUAGGCCUAGUUUGAGCUAUUUGGCACAAGCUAUUUUCUGUCAAAAAUUUAAAUUUUUGUAAAACAAUGUCCAGACAAAAUUCCAACUUCGUCUCGAGGACUCUCUUUGAAAAGUCUCGUCGAUUUAUUCAAUCUGUAUCGGAUAUUUAUGGGAAAGACGAGAUGGAAGAGUUGCUUGACGAAAUCCGCCAUUUAGAGCCUUGCAAUUUUCAGUCUGAUGAUAUACAAGAUUUUGAAAUUGAUGGGAGUCGGCACUUGCAUCACGCUGGGGAAUCAACCAUUUCUGUUUCUGUACAGUCGUGGGACUCUCAUGCUGUAUACCGCCACAGAAUGGAUAACAUGACUGCCCCAGUUGAGGCUAUCCAAUCUAUCCUAGUUCAUUUCCGCCCUUCGCAAUGCUUGGAAAAGCUUGAGCUAUUUCGAUUGGCGUUUCUGACAUGUUGUAUUGGAAGUCUAACCUGUGUAUAUCUCAGUGAAUGGAUGUAUCUAUCGUCCUUCCUUGUCUUCAUAGUUUUAUUUUCAGCGUUCUGCACCGUUUGGCUGCUUAUUGCUGACACAAUAGGAAUCAUAUACUUCUUGCCGAUACCAUGGCCCAAGUUUAAUACUCUUCUCUUUCUAUGCAUUGCUGUGGCUCUUCUAACAGUCUCUUCAUUACUUAUUCAUCAUGUUAACCUACCUUCUUUGCUGGAUGAAGCUCUUACAGAAGAUAGUUUGCAUUUUCUUUAUAUAGCCGGAAUACUCAGCCUAAUGGCCUCGCUCCUAGCCCUCAUCCAAAGCCUCUUAACUUCUUUUGGUCGACCUUAUCCGAUAUGGUGUUCGACGUAUAAAAAUGAACCAGACUGCCCUAGCCCUGUGUCUCCACCAGCAUCAAUGCCAGAAUCCCCUACAACUCGUCCAGUCAUGGCGACGAUGGCUGCUCUGGCUGGCAUGUCCUCCGCAGUCGUGGCUACCGCACCUCGGCUAGGGAACCGUAACCGUAGUGCUCUGCAUGAUCGAGAACAAGUACCUCUACGAUCUGUCAGAAAUUCAGUCAGCUGGGACGAUGGAGUCAAACCAAGCAGUUCGCGAUUGAAGCAGCUUAAUGAAUACCCUCCGUUGCUGAAUGAAACGUGAACAACAAACAGCUCUUCAAAUUUGUCUUGAAGUGUUGUUGCGAUUUUUUCUUUUCCAAGUCUAGCAACUGCCCUUUUCCACCGGACAAUGUUGCGCUGGUUAGAACUGAUGUCCAUAUGACAAUGAAGUUGCAGAGAAUAUUAACUGAAUGUUCAACGAUGGCCCGAAGGUGAAAUUUCGUUGUCAAAUAAUUGUAAGCAUUCUUCUACUAAGGUGAAAGGACCGCGAUUUCUCAGUUUUAAAUCUAGUUUUUACAAAGUUGCACAUUUCCAGGUUUUAGCCCAUUUAAUUAUCUCGUUGAAUUGAUUUGUCUUGGACCUUUGACACAAUGAAUGCCCGUUGAAUUGAGUGAAUUGAACAGGCAUUCUUUCCAAUAUUUUGUUUAGGAGUGCCAUAAGUUGGUUUCGAAAAUAAUGCAUCUUAGUCAGUCAUAGUUUGUUGCUUUGUUCGGUAGCCCCAAAGUAUUGCAUCGGUAUUUUUGCAGUAUGUAAGUAAUUUUAUAUUGAAAUUGGAUUAGUGUAACUUAACUUAAUGUGAGUGGCGACCAUUUAGCUUUUUUUGUUUUCAUCGUAAACAGAAAACAGUUGAUUGGAACUAGUCUCGUAAUUCCUUAUACAUCUACUUUCUGUUACUGCCUGAAAUAGCUCCCUCUUAGCUAAUAAUUUAAUCGAAAUUAGGUUGGUCGCGUAUGCGGUUCUUCCAGAUUUGUAUUACCCAAUGGUUGAAUUUUCCUAUUGGGCACUUCAUAUAAUGUUACAUCACCAGAGGACCUCCUACAACGUUUGGUACGAACUGUAAAGAUAUUGUGUAUUCGUAGUGUUAAUAUACAUUUGAGGCACA